UGUGGGUAGAAAUAUAUACAUAUACCUAGAACAAACAAAAAGUUCUUAAUCGAGCAAAUAUAAAAAAGGAUCCUGGCAAAAUGGAGGAGCACUCUGAUGAUGAAAAUUCUGAACCGACGCCAAAGAAAAUUAAGCGAGAAUGGGUGAAGAGCUAUUCCAACAAAGCCGUGGAGAUGAUGAAGAAAAUGGGUUACGAGAAUGACAAAGGUUUGGGAAAAAGUAAUCAAGGUCGCUUAGAGCCGAUUAUUGCCGUUCAGCAGGAUGGGCGACGCGGUUUUGGCCUUAAACUUGACGAAGCGCAGGGCCCUGCAGGCCAGUGGGAACCUGAAGAGCUGGAUAUACCAGAAUCAGUUAGGUGGCUGAGAAAUUUGGGCCCUAAAUCAAAUGCCUACACGUAUGAUGUCUUCAUGAGUAACAUUAAAUAUGGAAGGCGCAAAACCACACUGGACGAAGAGACGCAAUUUUGCGAUCCAGCUAUACUUCAUCGCAUAUUGAACGCCAAGACGGUCUUUGAUGAUCUUAACGACAGCGAACUGCGACGUGCCCGCUCUCGCUGCAAUCCCUUCGAGACCAUACGCAGUUCCAUUUUUUUGAACCGAGCUGCUGUGAAAAUGGCCAAUAUGGACUCUAUGUGCGAUUUCAUAUUCACGAAGCCAAAAGACAAAAAUGGCAAGUCGCUGGUCGGUCCAAACGAAUUAUUUUACUUUGCAGAUAUGUGUGCCGGACCCGGUGGUUUUUCCGAAUAUGUACUGUUUCGGAAAUCGUGGGAAGCCAAGGGCUUUGGAUUCACGUUACGUGGCGCCAAUGAUUUCAAGCUGGACAAAUUCUUUGCCGCCUCACCGGAGUCAUUCGACUGCUACUAUGGCGCCAAAGAUGAUGGCAACAUUUUCGAUCAGAUCAACCAGGACUCAUUAAAUGAGUAUAUACGGAAGCACACUCCGCAAGGUGUUCACUUUGCCAUGGCCGAUGGUGGAUUCUCAGUCGAGGGACAAGAGAACAUACAGGAAAUCUUAUCUAAGCAGCUCUAUCUAUGUCAGUUCCUUACUGCGCUUAAGAUACUGCGCGAGAACGGCAUCUUUGUGUGCAAGGUGUUUGACCUGUUCACACCCUUCAGCGUGGGUCUAGUAUACCUGAUGUACAAAUGCUUCGAUGAGAUAGCAAUUAUUAAACCAAAUAGCAGUAGGCCAGCUAAUUCGGAGCGAUACCUUGUCUGCAAGUACAAACAUGCGGAUACAGAUUCUGUUAUUUAUUACAUGGACGCCAUCAAUAACAUUUUAAACGAGGAGGCCGAGGAUCCGAACACCGAGUACGACGUUCUAGAGGUAAUCAACUACAAUGAUAUCAUUGAGGAUGAGGAGUUCCUGCGCUAUAUAAUUGACUCCAACAAUAGCAUAGGCAACAAACAAAUUGUGGGUCUUCGAAAAAUUGCAGCCUUUGCACAAAACGUGGAGCUUAAAGAGACUCGCCAAUCAGAGAUUCGUCAGAAGUGUCUGAAACUUUGGGAUCUAACUGACAGACUACGCCAGGCGCCAGAGGUGAAAACAACAGAUCGUUUGCUCGAGGAACUGCUCGAAGACUGGUUCAAGGACCUCAAUUGGCUAAAUGUUCCCCCUAAGGAGAUGACAAGCGUAGCAUCGCUCGGAACACACAUUCAAAAUGUGCAAGACUGGUACUUUGUGCCCAUUGGCCGAGGUGAGACAAACAUCAACGCCUGCACCCUUUUCUUGUGCAAGGCACGUGGCAAUCUGUUGCGUUACACUGAGCAAAAAAGAUGGGAGUCUGUAGAUCAUGUCUUCGACGUGCAGCCGCGCUCGAUCUUUUUUGGUGAGAUCGUGUACGAGAACUAUGGAGAGGCACGUACACAGACACGUGUGGUGGCUCUGCACAUUAUCGAUGCCAUUUGCCUUGGUGGCAUCAACAUUCGUCGGCGGACUUUUCGCGAGCGCGUUAGUAUGUGUGAGAAAUACGCGUUGAGUCUAAACAAACCGCAUAAAAAAGAACGCACAAGCUGCGCCAUACGCAGCAAGCCAGUGUUUCGCCUGCAAGAUAUGAGCAGCUUUUUUAACAAGAUGCGUCACUACGUGCUGAAGGACAACUCUCAGCGCUUUGGAUAUGCCCUCGAUGAUGGUAAAUUCUUUGUGCCCGGCGGCAUGCUCAUCUUUUGCGAACUUACACCUAACUAUGUGAGUGCGUACUCGCGCUCCCAUAACAAGCUCUAUUACUUUGAUACCCAGAACAACGAAGCUUUCUACAAGGAUCAAAUAACGGACACUAAGGCAAGACUCAUCUUUGCAUCGUUUCGGCUCAGCUUUUUGCGUCGUUUGCUGUGGAAAUGGACGAAUAUUCAUCAGGUGGAUGAGCACACCGUCGAUGAGGAAGAGAAGAUUCUAUUCCGCAGCGAAUUUGUACAAUUCAUAACGGCGAAACAAACUGCUAACAGUUAAAGCAGCUUGUGGGGAGAAAGGGUUUGGGGCUUGUCAUGUGAUCUAGGCAUGGGUGCCGAAGGACACAAGCGUAAUUUUACGUUUUAAUUAGUUUUGUACACAUCAAAUUUUUGAAGUAACUUUGUCCAGCAAGAAAAUAUUUCCGCACCGUUUAGCACAUACAUAUGUAUGCGUGCAUGUAUACCUAUUGUUUGCAAUGAACGUUAUUGGAAUUUUGAAAGAUGUUUCAAACCGUGUAUAAAUCUGUCAACGAAAAUAUAUUAUUAAUAUUACGGC